CACACCACCCUCCACCUCCACUUCUUCUUUUUCUUCCUUCCCUCGAUUAUUAAAACCAGAUCUAUCUUUUAUUACUUGUUUUAUUCUUUUUUCUCUUCUCACUUUCAUAUCAUUACUCAACAUUGAUGACUCCCCCAUUCAGUUCAUCUCUUCUACAUCCAUGUCUCCUCCACCACCAAAUUCCUCCACCUUAGCCAUUCUCCCCUUCACAUUCUUCUUCUCUGUUCUGGUCCUGUUUUCAACAUCCACAUACGCUCACACAUGCUCUUCCAAUCCAAACACAUCCACAUACACCUGCCCACCAUUCCCUCCCAAUCCACCUUUCCCAUUCUCUUCUUCACCAGGCUGUGGCCACCCUUCUUUUCAGUUAAAGUGCUCAACUCCUCACUCUGUCAUCUCCAUUAACAACCUCUCUUUCUCCAUCCUCAGUUACAACCCAAAUUCUUCCUCUAUUGUCCUCUCCCCUCACAACCCCAUCAACACACAACCCCACAAGAAUCAUUGUCCAUCUUCUCACUUUCUUUCCAUUCCAAAUCGAUCUAUAAACCUUUCUGGCUCACCUUUCAGGGUCUCAGAUGCUCCAUGUUCUCGCCUCUCAUUCCUCCAGCCAUGCUCGCCACCAACUCUACCAAACUGUAGCCACUGCCCUUGGGAAUGCAACCUCAUCAAGAACCCCGGUGAGGUUCUCCGAGACUGUAGAUCUAUGCACCACUCUGCCUCAGACUCUGAACCUACCUGCCAAAGCGAUGUUCUGAGCCACCUCGACGAAAUCCUAUCAUUGGGGAUCGAGGUUGAUUGGGACGAAACACAAGACCCUUACUUCUCAAGCUGUAACAGUUGCCAUCUCAACAAGGGAUUCUGUGGCUUCAAUUCAUCAGACCCAGAUAAGCAAUUCAUCUGCUUUCACUCUGAAUCCACCUUCUCUCCACCUUGGAUUAACAAGUUGAAGAAGCACAACAGAAUAGCUGUUUUCGCCGUCGUGAUUGCAUUGACUUCGUUGCUGCUUCUUGUUUCAGUUACAACUGCGAUUCUCCGCUCAAGGAGGUUCAAGCCACCGUCCACGGAGGAAGACCCCACCACUAUUUUCCUCCACAACCACCGCUCCGCGAGCCUUCUUCCGCCGGUGUUCACCUACGAAGAGCUGGAAUCUUCCACCAACCACUUCGACCUCAAGCGCAAAAUCGGCGACGGAGGGUUCGGCUCGGUCUUCCUCGGCCACCUCCACGACGGGAGGCUCGUGGCGGUGAAGUACCUCCACCGUCACCACGCAACAAGCGCGAAAAAGUUUUCCACCAAGUCAUUCUGCAACGAGAUCCUGAUCCUAUCCUCCAUCGGUCACCCAAACCUCGUGAAGCUUCACGGCUAUUGCAGCGACCCGAGAGGGUUGCUAUUGGUCUACGAUUACGUCCCAAACGGAACCUUAGCAGAUCACCUCCAUGGCAAGAAGGUUAAAGGGUCGCUGACGUGGCAAGAGAGGCUCGAAAUUGCUCUGCAAACGGCGUUGGCAAUGGAGUACCUUCACUUCUCGAUGGUUCCGCCGAUAGUUCACAGAGACAUAACCUCAUCGAAUAUAUUCGUCGAGAGAGAUAUGAGUAUCAAAGUCGGUGACUUUGGCCUCUCGAGGCUGUUAGUGUUGCAGGACAACGCUAACACUAACAGUAACACUUCGAAUGGUGGUUACGUGUGGACGGGGCCACAAGGAACACCUGGGUAUUUGGACCCGGAUUAUUACCGGUCGUUCCGGUUAACCGAGAAGAGUGACGUGUACAGCUUCGGGGUGGUGCUGUUGGAGCUUAUAUCGGGGCUCAGGGCGGUGGACCAGAGGAGGGACAAGCGUGAGAUGGCGCUCGCGGAUAUGGUCGUUUCGAGGAUCCAGAUGGGGCAGCUGCAGCAAGUGCUGGACCCUUUUCUCGCCCUCGAAGGCGAAGCCGUGGACGCCGUCGCAUCCGUGGCGGAGCUCGCUUUCCGCUGCGUCGCCGCGGAUAAGGAUGACCGCCCUGAUUCGAAGGAGGUGGUGUUGGAGCUGAAACGGGUUCGGAGCCGGGUCUUGUUGUCGGCGAAUGGUGACGUGGCGAAGGAGUAG